ACGGGCUGCACCCUCUACAACGUCUAUGGUACUGCAAUGGGAGGCCGAAAGGAAUGGCAUGCCCAAGAUGUCAAAUACCCAACAACCGAAGAAGAGCUCCGCCUGGCCGUGGCCUAUGCCAAUCUUAAUCAACUCAUGGUCAAAUUUGUGAGCAGAUCUCCUCAAACCAUACCAAAAUUGGCCUGCCCCAGUACAUCAAGUUCGGAAAAGGCGUUAUUAAUUGUCAGUACAGCAAAAUAUGAUUAAUCUGGCAUCGAGGUUGACACGAAGAAUUUAGCUGUCACUACUAGUGAUACUGGAGUGGGAUUACGUGAUCUGAUUGAUAGAGUGGAAGAAACCGGAUUGAAUUUGCAGGUGGCUGUGCCAUAUAAUUGGGAGGGUCAAGUGAAUGUGGUGGGGCAGCUUAUUAGCACUGGGACACAUGAUGGAAGCUCUUGGUGGGGAAAGGGAUCGAGCUUAUAUAUUGGCCUCGGUCUUAUUGUUACGGCAAGAUCAUCUGAAAGAUAUGCCAAAUUAAUUGUCAGGUUACAACCACGAGAUCCGCCCUUUGAUGCGGCUAAAGUAUCAUGCAUUGAGAUUAUUGGUCUCGUGUCUCUCAAAGAUGUUACAAUGGGCGCCGGAGAUAUUGACAUAGAAUGA